AUGGCACCAGCUGAGUUGAGGGAGCUGAAAGAGCAUAUUCAAGAUUUGCUUGAUAAGGGCUUCAUCAGGCCCAGUGUGUCAUAUUGGGGUGCUCCAGUGUUGUUUGUCAAGAACAAGGAUGGUUCCAUGCGAAUAUCCAUUGACUACAGCCAGUUGGAGCAUGAAGGUCAUUUAAGGCCAUUGUUAGAGAAGUUGCAAGAAUACAUGCUCUAUGCCAAAUUCUUAAAACGUGAGUUCUGGUUGGAUGCUGUGGCAUUUUUGGGUCACGUGGUUUCUAAAGAUGGAAUUCUAGUCGAUCCAAAAAAGAUUGAUGUUUCAGUCAUAGCAGCACCACUGUUAACCAGAUUGACGCAGAAGAAUGUCCAGUUCAAGUGGACGAAGGAUUGUGAGUUGAGUUUUCGGAAGCUCAAGAAAGCUUUGACUAUGGCUCCAGUAUUGACUUUGCCUACUGGUGAAGAAGGCUAUUCAGUGUAUUGUGAUGCCUCAAGAGUAGGCUUAGGUUGUGUUCUGAUGCAAGGAGGCAAGGUGAUUGCAUAUGUCUCCAGGCAGCUUAAGAAUCACGAGAAGAACUACCCGACUCUUGAUUUAGAGUUAGUAGUAGUGGUCUUUGCCUUGAAGUUGUGGCAACAUUAUUUGUAUGGUGAGCCAUCCAUAGAUAUUCAGCGGUUGGCCAAUAGUGGUGUUAGACUUGAUGCCACGCCCUGUGGAGCGAUACUUGCGUGCGUGAUUACACAGUCUUCUUUGAUUGAGCGGGUCAAAGCUCAUCAGUUCAAGGAUCGCCAGUUUCUUAAGCUCAAAGAGCAAGUGGAGCAGGGACAGACUAAAAGAACGACUAUCGACUCCUAUAGAGUGCUAUGGCAUGAUGGCAGACUAUGUGUACUAGAUGUGGGAGACCUGAGGCAGACUAUUAUGGAGGAAGCUCACAGUUCUCGUUAUUCCAUACAUACUGGAGCUACAAAGAUGUAUCAAGACUUGAAGAAACAUUUCUGGUGGAUGAGGAUGAAGAGAAACAUAUCUGAUUAUGUGGCUCGUUGUUUGAAUUGCCAACAGGUUAAGUAUGAGCAUCAGAAACCUGGAGGGUUAGCUCAGAAUCUGGUUAUUCCCGAGUGGAAGUGGGAGAGAAUCACUAUGGAUUUCAUGGUAGGCUUGCCACGUACUCUGAGGAGACACAAUUCAGUUUGGGUGAUUACUAACAGACUUACCAAAUCCACACAUUUCAUACCAGUUCAGACUACAUUCACAGCAGAGCGGUUAGCACGAAUAUAUGUCCGUGAGAUAGUUCAGUUGCAUGGCGUGCCUGUUUCUAUCAUUUCUGAAAGAGGAUCACAGUUCACAACUCAGUUUUGGCGGUCUUUUCAGAAGGCUUUGGGUACUACAAUUGAGCUCAGUACAACAUUUCAUCCGCACACUUAUGGUUAG